AUGGAUUACUAUGACAUUGAUGGCAUUCUGUCUGAAAACCAAAAGGUUCCUUGUACCUGCAACGUCUCCAUUCCAGGAUUAGGACACGAGGGCCGAGAGGUGCCGGCCGGUUCGAAAGUGGAAUUACCUUUCUGGCUUGCUGAAGUUCUGGCUGUAAAUUCGUUUGUCAGUAUUCAUAUGCCGAUUCCAUUUUCUUCUGUUGUGCGUAAUGCCUUGAAAGCAAGUCCUACAAGCGUGUCCUUAAGAGAUAUUUGUACUAAUUACUAUCAUUUUGCUGAAAAUAUGCUUCAUGUAAUUUCCGAUGAACAGCUUGCUCAGCUAACUCUGGAUACACUGCGAAAACGGUCUUUAGUCAUCGCCGACGGGGCUCUGAAUCCUCAAGGAGCAUUGCAACAAAAUUCAGACUUUAUCAAUGGACUGGAUGACUUUGAAAAAUAUCUUCUGAGAACCGCGCACUCAACUCAUCGAAGUCUUACACACUGGCAUAAUUCUACUAGCUAUUAA